AUGAUAGCCCUCAACUUUCUGGCCUUAGCAUACGGCCUGCUGGCCCUUGUGGCCAUCUUCGUCGCCCGAUUGACCACCCCCAAGAUUAUCGUCACUGGAGUCACCUGUCGAGUCCGCCAUGUGCCGGGACCGUGGUACACUCGCUUCUCCCACUACGUCCUCAAGCUGUCCUCCCUUACCGGUCGACGCAUGUAUUAUGUGCAUUCUCUCCACCAACGCUACGGACCCGUUGUCCGCAUCUCACCGACAGAAGUCGCCGUCGCGGACCCCGAGGGCUUCGUCGCCAUUCACAAGAUCGGUGCAGGGUUCCUCAAGGGCCCGUGGUAUGAAUCCAUCAACUCACCCGCCGAGCCGGGCAUCUUUGCCAUGGUCAAUCCGAAGCAGCACGCGAAGCGUCGGAGGCUCUUUGCCAGGGCUUUCACGAGCGCGUCCCUACGCCGCAACUGGGAUCUCGUCGUGCGGACCAAGGCCGAGAGAGCGGUUGAGCGGAUCAAGGCCGACGCUCUCAACGGCACGGCCGACUUGGUGAAAUGGUGGACGCUCAUGACCACCGACGUCAUCGCCCACCUCUCCUUCGGCGAGUCCUUUGACAUGCUAGAGCUGGGCCAGAAAAACGAGUACAUCGAAGCCCUGGAAUCACUUUUUGUAAUGACGGCGAUUCGCCAUGAGCUGCCGAUCCUAUUCCGCAUGGCACGUCUGCUCCCAUUCAAAUCGAUACGCAAGGUCUUGACCGCACAGGAUACGGUGGAUCGUCAUGCUGCCAAGGCCAUGAUAAACUUGCGACGGAACGGACACUCGGCCAACCUAUUUGGAAACAUGCUUGCCGAGAGCGAGGUCGACGAAAAGUCGGAUCUGACGGAAGACCACAUCAAGUCCGAGGCGGGAAACCUCAUCGUCGCAGGCUCUGACACGACGUCGGUGACCUUGACGUACUUGAUCUGGGCUGUUCUGAAGAGACCCGACCUUCAAGCCAGACUUGAGGAGGAACUGGCCGGCGUCGGUGACGAGUUGAACGACGCCACCCUCGAGCGACUGCCGCUGCUCAACGCCGUCAUCGACGAGACACUCCGCCUCUACGGAGCGGCCCCUGGGAACCUGCCGCGGUCGGUCCCGCCGGGCGGAGCCACCCUCGGCGGUUACUUCAUACCCGAGGGCACCGUCGUUGAGACGCAGGCUUACACCCUUCACCGGAACCCAGACGUUUACCCCGAUCCUCUCAGGUUCGACGAGACUCGGUUCUUGACCCCGGAGUCACUUACGGUGCAGCAGAAGCAACUGUAUACGCCUUGGGGGGCUGGCACGCGCACUUGUCUUGGGAUGCACCUUGCGCGCAUGGAGCUUCGCCUCGCGACCGCCAUCUUUUUCAGGAACUGUCGUGGCGUGCGGCUUGCGGACAACAUGACGGACGCCAUGAUGGAGAUGGAGAAUUUCUUCCUGAUCAGCCCGGCCGGACACCGUUGCGACGUGACCUUGAGGUAG